UCGUACCAUGCCAUGCGAUAACUCUAGUUUAAAACUCUACUUUUUGACUCAUUUGUUUGCUCCAUUCUCAUACAUCUACCUUCCUUUAUAAAUUUAUACGCAUGACAUACGCAUACUCACUUCACUCACUCGUUUUUGGAACCUUUCACUGUGCAAAACUUUGAUGUCUACACCCUUUGAACAUGAUUACAUAGGCUUAGCAGAGACUCCAUACAUGGAGAAAAGCUGUGAUAAGAUAUCCUCUUCAGUUUCCUCCAACCUUUUAUCUGAGGAUGAGAACAGUUCAUCUCUGAACUUCAAGGAGACAGAGCUGAGGCUUGGUCUGCCAGGUUGUGAGUUUUCUGAGAACAAACCAGGAGCUGCAGGGAUCUCUCUUUUUGGCAAGGAUUUGCAGAGUAGUGGCUAUUCUGCUUCCUCAACUCCUUCCAAGAACCUCAAGAGGGGUUUCUCUGAUACCAUUAGUUCCUCCUCCUCCUCUUCUGGGAAAUGGAUUUUCUCAGGCAGUGAUGCAACUGGGGAUGAUUUGAGAAAUGGGGCUAAUACCUCUGCACUCUGCAACAAAGAGGUUGGUUUGGUUCCUCACUCUGAGAAGCCGCCUCAGGUUUCUGCAACUGCAACAAUUGAACAUGCUACUGCUCCUGCUGAAAAAGCACAAGUUGUGGGAUGGCCACCGAUUCGGUCUUUUCGGAAGAACAGAAUGGCCUAUAAUUUGGCAAAAAGCAACACUGAAUCUGAGGAGAAAUCAAGAGUUGGUUGUCUUUAUGUUAAGGUCAGCAUGGAUGGCGCACCUUAUCUCAGAAAGGUUGAUCUGAAAAACCACUGCAACUAUAUUGAACUUUCUUCUGCUCUUGAGAAAAUGUUCAGCUGCUUUACCAUUGGUCAAUGUAGUGCACGUGGAGUUUCUGGUGGGAAAGAGGGAUUGAGUGAGAGAGCUUUCAAGGAUCUUGUUGAUGGCUCUGAAUAUGUUCUUACUUAUGAAGAUAAAGAUGGAGAUUGGAUGCUAAUGGGUGAUGUGCCUUGGGAAAUGUUCACUGAGUCAUGUAAGAAACUAAGGAUAAUGAAAGGCUCGGAGGCAAUUGGACUAGCUCCAAGGGCAAUGGAAAAAUCUAGGAGCCAAUAUUAUUAGUACAGAAGAUUCUGCUCUACUAUUUGGUCAUUUGCUGAAGCAUAUAAAGAAGGGUUAGAAGAGAAUUUGAGUCUAUAGUUAUAGUCGUGUAUUAAAUAAAGCAAAAACGAAACGCGUUUCAGUUUUUGUGCGUUUGGACACUGAUAGGUUUCAGUUUCCUUGUUAAUAUGAAAUAUUUUGCUGUUCGCUCA